UCUGUUUGGUGACUCAUGGGGAACAUGUUCAUCAUUGUGAUUGUCUGUGUUGAUAAACGUUUGCAGUCCCCCAUGUAUUUCUUCCUUGGCCACCUCUCUGUCCUAGAAAUAUUGCUCAUAUCUACUGCUGUUCCCUUGGUGCUCUGCGGGUUGCUGCUUCCUGGGAUGCAGACAAUAUCUUUCACAACAUGUGGUGCACAAUUAUAUUUGUACCUUUCUUUGGGCACGUCGGAAUUCAUAUUAAUGGGAGUGAUGGCUGUAGACCGUUACGUGGCUGUCUGUAACCCUUUGAGGUACAACAUCAUUAUGGACAGCCACACCUGCAUCUGGGUGGUCAUUGUGUCAUGGGUGUUUGGGUUCCUUUCUGAAAUAUGGCCAGUCUAUGCCACAUUUCAGUUUACCUUUUGCAAGUCAAAUCUGUUAGACCACUUUUUUUGUGAACGCGGGCAACUGCUCAAACUAUCCUGUGGUGACACUCUUUUCACAGAGUUCGUUCUCUUCUUAAUGGCUGUUGUCAUUAUCAUUGGUUCACUGACCCCAACAAUAGUCUCCUACACCUACAUCAUCUCUACCAUCCUCAAGAUCCCCACAGCCUCGGGCCGGAGGAAAGCCUUCUCUACGUGUGCCUCUCACUUCACAUUUGUUGUGAUCGGCUGUGGCACCUGCUUGUUCCUCUAUGUGAAACCCAAGCAAAUGCAGGCAGCUGAGUACAACAGGGUAGCGUCACUGAUGGUUUUAGUGGUGACCCCUUUCCUGAACCCAUUCAUCUUCACCCUCCGGAAUGAGAAAUUCAUAGAGGCCUUUCAAGAUGUCAUGAAACGCUGCUCACUGCUAUCAACUCCUCAAGGAUUAGCUGUGUCCUAAAGACAAUCAUGAACUCAUUAUUGUGGACAUGAAUAAUCUCAAAGCACUAAUUCAGUCUGAAAUGAUCAUUUUCAACACCACGUGGUUUGUGAUCUACAAGGGCAUUUUAAGACACAGCUAGCGCUCCAAUUUAUAAUCAGAUGAUUCCUACAUGGGAGGUCACAUUAUUU